AUGCUCGUUCAAAUUUUCAGUACCUCGUCUAUUUUUUUACUGGCAUUAUUAAUCCAGGUUUCAAAUGGCGUUGCAGUUGUUGACGCGACCACCGACGCGCAGCAGCAGCAGAGCAGCAACCGAACCUUCAAGAUAGACUACGCGAACGACAGGUUCUUAUUGGACGGCAAGGAGUUCCGCUACAUGUCUGGCAGUCUGCACUACAGCAGAGUGCACCAUGGGUACUGGGAGGACCGGCUGGUGAAGAUGCAGGCGGCUGGCUUGGAUGCCGUCGCCACUUAUGUGCAAUGGAGUGCUCACGAAGUUGAACCCGGUGUCUACAACUUUAAAGGACAGAAUGACCUCGUCCAGUUCAUCAAGUUAGCUCAGAAACACAAACUCUACGUCAUACUCAGGGCUGGUCCAUAUGCAUGUGCAGAGUGGGACUAUGGUGGUUUUCCAGGCUGGCUCUUGUCAGACAACGAAACAAUGGUAGUUAGGACUAUGGACAAAAAAUACAUGGCGGCCGUUAAGAGGUGGUUGGCAGUACUUCUAUCUCUAGUCAAACCAUACCUCUACCACAAUGGCGGUCCCAUCCUGAUGGUUCAAGUGGAAAAUGAGUACGGCAGUUACUUCGCCUGCGAUCAUGUGUACAUGAAAACAUUGGCGGACAUCUUUGCCGGUCAUCUUGGAAACGAGACAGUUCUUUUCACAACGGACGGAAAUGGGCAGGGCUACCUGAAGUGUGGCACCACCCCGCGGGCCUAUGCUACUGUCGACUUUGGAGUCACUGAUGAUGUGAAGCAGGCAUUCGCACCGAUGAGAGAGUUCAACAAGCAAGGACCUCUAGUCAAUUCGGAGCUGUACACUGGUUGGUUGGAUUUCUGGGGCAAGCCACAUAACUACGGAAGCACAAAGGCUCUUAUAAGUACACUGGACCAAUGUGUAACUUUGAAGGCUAGCGUCAACAUGUACAUGUUUGAAGGCGGUACUACGUUUGGUUUCAUGAAUGGCGCACUGAUACCAUACAGUUCCAUGAUAACGAGUUAUGAUUAUGAUGCUCCUCUGUCAGAGGCUGGUGACGUCACUGAUAAGUUCAUGGCCUACAAGCCAAAUCUCCCACCUGUGCCUGGCAACACGAGCAAGAAGGCCUACGGCUCGGUGCAGAUGUACCGACUCGGUUCGGUAGUCGAACUUUUAGACGUACUUACCCCCUCAAAUCGAAUGGUUCAGAGUUUAGGACCUCUAAAUAUGGAACAACUACGUCACUACUACGGCUUCACGCUGUACAGGCACACAUUUAAGAAGGGCUACCCGCCAUCCUUCCUCAACAUCUCUGGCGUCAGGGAUCGAGGUCACGUGAUGUUGGAUCAGCAACCAAUAGGAGUGGUCGAUAGGGCCAUACAGACAUCGCUCAUCUUAUCAGCAGAGGCCGGCCAGACCUUGGACAUCAUCGUUGAAAAUAUGGGAAGAAUUAAUUAUGGAUCGGCCAUCAAUGAUAACAGAAAGGGUAUCGUCUCCAGCGUGAACCUUGGAGCAGACGUUUUGACGAACUGGAAGAUCUACCCCAUCAUGUUGGAGAACCUCUUCAACGAUUUGACGACAUCAGCCUCUGUAGAGAAGGGUACGGGAGGAAGUGAAAAUUUGGCCGAGUUCCGUCAAAAAAGGCGCCAACUUAUUGAUCACCAUUUGUCGUUUCAAUCACAACAACAACUAGAUGAACGACAGGAUGAACAACUAGAUGAACAACUAGAUGAACAACUAGAUGAACGACAGGAUGAACAACUAGAUGAAAGGCAGGAUGAACAACUAGAUGAACGGCAGGAUGAACGACAGAAUGAACAGGAGCACAAAGAAAGAUAUUUAAAACUUUUGGAGGCAAUGAAACAAGAACAGAAUGAAAUUCCGUUGAAAUAUCGACAGCAUCUACUACAACAACUACAACGGCAAGAGCCACAACAGCCACAACCGCCACAACUACAGCAACAGCAGCACGAACAACUGCUCAACGAGCCGACAAUUUAUUCAGGUAUUUUUAGAAUUCCUGCGGACAGCAAAGAUCUCCAGGACACAUUCAUCAACAUGUGUUCGUGGAAGUGGGGCGUGGUCUAUAUAAACGGCAACAACCUCGGCCGCUAUAGGCCAACAUUAGGACCGCAGACAACUUUGUACGUGCCCAAAUAUUUUCUGAACAAUUCAACCAAUCAUAUCGUCGUAUUGGAGAUGGAUGGACAUUCCAAAGGCUCGGUGGGAGGAGCCAAGUUGGAUUUGAUUGAAAAGCCGCAGUUGGACUCCACCUGUUUUUAAUUACUUUAUAAAUUGGAUUAGUUUUUUAAACUCAAAUUUAUAUUAUUGAAAUUUUCAUGUAACAUUUUUUGAAGAAAAUAAUUUU